GAUUAGGAUAAGGAUUCGGCACGAUGGCCUACCUACUGAGCUUCGGCAUCGUGGCCGCCCUGUUCCUGGCCAGCAUCUCACUGUAUCGCUACGGGAACAUACCACGUCAGCACAUCCUGGUCACCUUGUCCGUGCUGACCGCCUGGUGCUUCUCCUUCUUGAUCGUAUUCUCCAUCCCGCUGGAUGUAACAUCGACCCUGUAUCGCCAGUGCGUGGAGGAGCACCGACCGACCCCAGCCCCGAAUGCGACCAAUACGUCGGCCGCCAAUGCAAUUCCGCCGCCUCAGUGCCAGGAGCCGUGGGGCAUGGUCCCAGCCUCCGUGUUCCCCAACUUGUGGCGUAUUAUAUACUGGAGCUCGCAGUUCCUCACCUGGUUGAUCAUGCCGCUGAUGCAGUCGUACCUCAAAGCGGGCGACUUUACAGUCAAGGGCAAACUAAAGUCGGCGCUUAUCGAGAAUGCCAUCUACUACGGAUCCUACCUUUUCAUCUGCGGCGUACUCCUCAUCUAUAUAGCUGUGAAAGGGGAGUCUCUGGAUUGGCAAAAGCUGAAAGCAAUCGCUUCGUCGGCUUCAAACACCUGGGGUUUGUUCCUGCUAAUCCUGCUUCUGGGCUACGCUCUGGUGGAGGUACCUAGGUCGCUUUGGAACAAUGCCAAGCCGGGAUUUGCGUUGCAAUACGCCUACUUUAAGGCGGCCAAACUGAGCACGGAAAAGGCGGAGGCCGAGGAGCAUGUGGAUGAUAUUCUGGAGUCGCUGCAAGGCCUCAGCCGAGUUAUUCCGAACAAUCAUGAGCUGCGCCCCUGCUUGGAAACUAUCAUGCGCAAAGUUCCCAUCGAGCUGCAGGAGCGGGCGAGCCGCAACUUUGCACGCACCGGUGGCAGCGGCAUGGGAGCCACUAGCUCCACCAUCUUGCCCUCGGAGAAGGCGCUGGUUCGCAUUCAUAAGCAAGUAAUCAAAUCUCUGCAAACACUGCAGCGCACCGAAGCGCUGUGGAGCGUGCAGGUGCAGACGGUUUUGCACCUUGAGGAUGUGGCCAAGAAUAUUCACUCUUCGGAACGGCGCUUCAAGUCGGAGUUUCCGCGCCAGCGCACACAGCUGGAGAGGAUCUGUUACAGCGCCACUCUGCAGUGGUACUGGGAGUGUCUAUUGAAAGCCCCGUUCUUGAAGGCCAUGUGCGUCCUGACCGCCACCAUGUCCGCUAUGGUGGUGUGGAGUGAGCUUACCUUCUUCAGCCGUCGCCCUGUGCUCUCCAUUUUCGCCAACGUGAUCUAUGUGGCCAAGGAGAGCUACGACUUCUUCACCAUCGAGGUCUUUUCUAUGGUUGUUCUCUGCUACUUCUUCUAUUGCACCUACUCCACGAUAUUGAGGAUUCGGUUUCUGAACCUGUACUAUCUGGCACCGCAUCACCAGACCAACGAGCACAGCCUGAUCUUCAGUGGCAUGCUACUCUGCCGCCUGACGCCACCCAUGUGCCUGAACUUCCUGGGUCUAAUCCACAUGGACACUCACAUUAUACCCAAUCGUAUUAUGGAGACGGUCUACACGCAGAUCAUGGGCCACAUGGACGUUAUCGGCAUCAUCUCGAAUGGCUUUAAUAUCUACUUCCCAAUGUGCAUGCUGGCUUUCUGCCUGGCCACCUGGUUUAGCCUUGGCAGUCGGGCCCUGAAUGCUCUCGGCUUUCAGCAGUUCCUGCAGAACGAAACGAUUGCCACCGAGCUGGUACAGGAGGGAAAGGAUCUUAUAGCUCGGGAAAAGCGCCGGCGGCAGCGCGCUGAGGAGGCGAUGGCCAGGAGACGCGACGUCAACCGAACUGACCAGGUUCUAGGCAGCGAUUACUUGAGCAAAUAUCGGAGUGGAGGGCCUGGUGGGCUGGCCAGCAGUCGCACUCCCGCGGACGGACUGCUCCGCGAUGGCGACGGUAGCUUUGACUAUGCGGCGGUGGCCUCCUCCUCUGCCCUAGGCGUUCCACGAUCCCUGUCCGAGGAGAUCAACGAUCGGUUCGGAGUGAGCACCCAGGUGCAGGUGGGAUUCCGGGACCCGGACUACGAGGCGGAGCACGAUGGCCGCAUUGUGGGACCGCCGCCGCGAGGACUCUUUGACGAUGUCUAGGCUCGAAAUAUGGAUAUCUCUUUAUUUCAAUUCGUAACCGAGUAUCUCAAUGUCUGCAAUGUUCCACAGUAUUUAUAUAUUUCGUUCGUGCUUAAGUAUUUCCCGCUGCCACUGCUGCUGCUGUUCCACACCUAUGUAUGUACACUAUUCGAUUGAAUAAACCACUAGAAAGGA